UGAAAACAUUCAGAUGAAAACAUUUUACACUGCCUACUAAUACAUGGGGCCAGUAUCCAUAAGGGUAUGAGGCAGAGAGGGCAACUGCUCCUCCUCUCUCUCCCCCCCCCCCCCCCCCCCCCCCCCCAAGUGCUGGAGUAAAACCUCAAAUUCGGGCAAAAAUGAUACAUAUAUUUGGGGGGCUAACCUAGCUGAGACCUUUUUACCGUGUAUUCUCAUCAUUCUACUUUCCAAAUUAGUUGUAAUCCAUGUAGUGAUUCGAUUGCAACCCUAUAUAGUUGUUUGUCAGUAAUGCUAAUAUGAAUAAAUGUUAUGCAGAUGCGGAAAUUUUCGUUUAAUUCUAUCAAAAAUGGGAACCCACACACCUAUGCCAGUAUCUUGAAAAACUUGGAUAUGACUCAAAUUAAAUGGCAGAAUAUUCCUUGAAUAAUAUCAUUACUGGCUUGUUAUAUUGAUGUGGGGUAGUGAAACCCUUCCCCUCCACUUCCCCAGUUCUUAAGAGUCGAUUGUGGGCACACAAAUGUAACGGCUAUUUACAGCAAGUGGUUCCGGAACGCUUCGUUACUUUCCGUCUUACGUUCUUUCCGUAUUGCUUGCAUUUGUAUUUCUAACGGAAAUGAGCGAUGAGUGUAGGAUAAAAAUAGCAACUACAGCUGGCAUUUAUGAUGAUAUCAUCGGUGUUACUGGGUUGUUUUUUGACCUAUUUUUGCACAAGUUAAAUAAUGUCCUAAGGGGUUAGCUGCUUUUUGAUCAAUUCUAGUGCCUUCACACAGUCCUUAAUGUCACCAGGCAUGUUUGAAAGGAUUUAGUUUUUGCAAUAAAAAGCCCCGUAUUUUAUGACUUAUUACGACGCGCGCGCGCGCACACACACAUACACACACACACACACACACAUCACACACAUACAGACCCACCUUAAACGAAAGAACUGGUAUUAAAUUGCCAAACUUAGGCGUGGGUGGGGGUGGUUAAUCUCUACUGAACACACCACCACCACUACCGUUGUUGAUGCGUCCGAAAGGGUAUCAAUAUAUGUACUAAUAUUAAAUUGUAUUGACGUCGUGCAAAACCAAGUAUUCGUAUGCAGUCAAGCAUGAAUUGAUAAACACGAGGGAUUAAAAUACAGCUCUUUUAACUGAUACAAAAUUUGUCAACAGUUGGCUGAACGUAUAUAUGCGUUAAUUUAUAUGACACAUCCUGACGUUGUUUAAAAACACUAGCACAACCCCGAACGAGUGGUUUUAUUACAGUAUUGCGCAGUUGAUUCCACUGUAAAUAGAAGUAAUCGUACACUGGAACGAUCCACCUACGUACACCAGCAGCUCGUGAUCGGAACAGUUUUCAACAAAGGGCAUUUUUCAAUAUUUUGAAUAGCGUUAUUCUGGCAGUCAACACUGAACCAAGAUCCUGCAAUAAGCAGAUGCAUUGUAGAGCAGGCCGGAGAUAUGCACGGAUUUUCUGGAAACUGGACGGUUUUGAGUUGCGAACUGUAUUGCAAAAUCUUCACUCUGCAGCGGAAAGAACGUGUUUAACUCUCCUAGACCGCCUCUAGCUUUUCGCUAUAUGAACUAACUGGAGAAGGAAUUGAGAGAACUCUGAACGAAGGAUGUCUGGAAGCUAUUGCAAAUCUUCAGCUGUCGGUGUGAUCGGCGCACCUCACUGGAAGGGACAGCCUCGCUCUGGGACAGAACUAGCUCCAAAGUACAUGCGUGAAGCUGGUCUUAUUGAAGAACUUCGUAAGAAAGGUCACACUGUCAAUGACUAUGGCGAUAUCACAUUCGUGGACAGUGUUAGUGGCAAGGACGAACACACGAGUUCAAACUCCGUGACCAUCAAGAAUACUAGAAGUGUGGGGCAAGCAAACAAACAGAUUUGCGACAAAGUGGCAAAGAUAACAGGACGUGGUGAGAUCUGUUUGACGCUGGGGGGUGACCACAGUAUUGCGAUAGGAACAAUCAUCGGGCAUGCGCAAACGAACCCCGACCUCUUUGUCGUGUGGGUGGAUGCCCAUGGUGACAUCAAUACCCCACUGACCACGUUUUCUGGAAAUCUACACGGCAUGCCUGUGUCAUUCGUCCUCAAAGAAUUAAGUCCAUACAUGCCUGAAGUGCCUGGUCUGGAAUGGUGCAAGCCAUGCUUAUCUGUGACGAACCUGGUUUACGUAGGACUUCGUGACGUUGACCCCCUGGAGCGGGUCAUCCUAGACAAGUUAAACAUUGUCUGCUACUCGAUGCAUGAGGUGGAUAAGUUUGGAAUGGCUGAAAUAAUGAAGAGAAUAGUUGAGGCCAGUGGAAGUAAACCAAUCCAUGUAAGCUUUGAUGUAGAUGGCAUGGAUCCAAGCUUCACUCCUUCUACAGGAACUGCAGUACCUGGAGGACUGACACUGCGAGACGUGUCUUACUUGGCUGAGGAGAUAGCUGCAACAGGUCGCCUGGCUGCCAUUGAUGUGGCUGAAGUCAACCCCAUGCUGGGUACUGACGAAGAAUGCAAAAAAACUAUUGCAACAACAAUUGAGGUUUUGAGGAAAUUUCUGGGUGACAAAAGAAAAGGCAAUGCCAUUAUAGUACAUGAUAUUCCGAGGCCAUCUGAGUAACAUGAUAUUCAAGACGUGCAUCUGCUGAAGCACAUGGAUGUAAAUGGACAAAACUGUCCCAAUUUCCUGAAUGUAUAUUCAAAUUGAUAUCAUGAUCGGUUUUCAUGAACAGUGAUGCAAGGGUCAUGUCUUUUAUACUUUAUGCAUGUUUUCUAUACUAUAUUCCGCUAUUUAAUCAGAACCUGUUAUUGAAACCAGUAAUAAUUGACCAUACAUAUUUUUCUGUAUGCUUAAAACAAAAAAAAGCUUUUAUUAUUUUACCAAAUAUUAUGCUAUAUAAUAUCAAUAUUAUACCAGAUAUAUAUAUACAUAUGCAGACACAUGCUAGCUUGAGUGUGUGUUGUGUGUGGUACAGUCAUGUUUGUACAGAAAAGUGCGGUUCCAAGAUUUUGUAAAGGGCAAGUUUGAGUUUGUCGAAGGACACUGAGCUGAGCUGCCAAAGGGAGUUAGUCCUUUAGAGAGGUUCGGGGGCAUGCUCCCCAGAACAUUUUAAAAUAAAGAUGCUCAGAGAA